GAUCAGACGCGUUAUCAGACUCCAAACUCCCCCAAAUUCGGUAUGUAGUAGUGAAUUUCAAAUAUAUACACAUUACAAUUCUAUUCAAGAAUCCAACUGCUAUUUUGCGCCUAUACAUGUCCGCACCCUCUGAUAUUCACCUUGCAAAAGCGACAAACCCGUACAACGAUGCCUCCUCGCCAGUCAUCUCGGCUGAAGAAAGCCGUUGCGGUUACCGCCGCCAGCGUUAGCACUCCUACUAACGGAACAUCAAAAACCAAGGUUGCAAAUCUCAAGGUAGAGCUUAAAUCCACCGAGGAAGAAUCCAUCAAGGACAUUAAAGACGACGCUCCUAUUGAUACCGAGGAUCGCAAGUCUUCCAAGAAGCGAAAGGCAGAGAAGAUCGAAGACGAGGAAGACGAGGAAGACGACCAGGACGAGAAGGACAAGAAGGACGGCCCUGUUGCCGAGAAACCUAAAGCUAAAGCUGCAAAGAAGCAGAAGACUACCAAGGAAAAGACCGAGGACCUCAUGGCGCUCGCCACGCGCACCGUAGUCAGCACUCUUAAGAAGUCUAUGUACAUUGGUGCGCACGUCAGUAGCGCAGGAGGUGUGCAUAACUCUAUCAACAACGCCGUCCACAUCGGCGCAAACGCCUUUGCCCUAUUCCUAAAGUCUCAACGCAAAUGGACCAACCCACCCAUAACCAAAGAAGCUGUCGACGGGUUCCAAUCCCUGUCGAAGCAGCACAAGUUCGAAGUCCACAAGCACUGCCUCCCGCACGGCUCCUAUCUCGUAAAUCUCGCUCAGGCGGAGAAGGAGAAGGCCGACCAGGCGUAUAACUCGUUUCUCGACGAUUUGAAGCGCUGCGAGUCGCUCGGCAUCACGCUGUACAACUUCCACCCGGGAAAUACCGGUGGCGAUUCCAGACCGGCUGCUAUUGCUAGGAUAGCGGCACAGCUGAACAAAGCGCACAAAGCCACUAGUACCGUCAUAACGAUAUUAGAGAAUAUGGCGGGGCAGGGCAAUGUCAUCGGCAAUACGUUUGAAGACUUGCGGGAUAUCAUCGAGCUCGUGGAGGACAAGAGCCGCGUCGGCGUCUGUAUAGACACAUGCCACGCAUUCGCCGCAGGCUACGACCUCCGCUCCCCGGAGGCCUUCGAGGAGACGGUAUCGAAGUUCAACAGCAUCGUGGGCGCGAAGUACCUGAAGGCGUUCCACAUGAACGACUCGAAAGCGCCGUUCGACUCGCGGCGGGACCUGCACGCCAACAUCGGCACGGGGUUCCUGGGGCUGCGGGCGUUCCACAACAUCAUGAACCACGCCGGGUUCCAGGACAUGCCGAUGGUCCUCGAGACGCCCAUCGACCGCAAACGGCCCGACGGUAAGACCGUCGAGGACAAGCAGGUCUGGGCCGACGAGAUCAAGCUGCUCGAGAGCCUCAUCGGCAUGGACCCCGACGGCGACGAGUUCAGAGCCCUCGACGAGCGCCUCCAGGCCCAGGGCGCCGCCGAGCGCAAUAGGGUCCAGGAUCAGGUCGAUCGCAAGAGCGCCAAGGACGGGAAGAAAGCGGCUCCUAAGAAACGGGGUAAGAAGAAAGCUGCGGCUUCGGACGAGGAUUCCGAAUAAAAUUAUUCAUCCACGAAGGAACUGUCACAAUUAUUAUUAUAAUUGGGUUUAGGGUUCAGGGUCUAGGCACUCCUUGUUAGAAAGGGACGGGUCACUGGUUAAAGGACAUUAUUGUAUUGUAUUGUAUUGACGUGGAAAAAACUCGCAAGGCGUAUUGGGUAUGUAAAGCAUGUAAAGCAACAACUAAUUCUACGCGCCCAACUGGAUGGAUACCUUAGGUACCUGGUAUUGAGAGUUGAGGCAAGUCGAGUAUCAGUUCAAUAAAGAACCAAACCAAACCGAGUGUGUCUGUUUAUUGAAUCCGUCCCACCGUUCCAUAUCGUAGGUAUAAAAAAUAAUUGACAAGCACCCCC